GAAAUGGAGGAAUUGAAAAAAUUUGGAUUGUUCAUAGACGAUAUCUACAGACUGCGAGUUCAGGAUCCCAGCAUUGCCACUCAAAAAAUAGAGCUGAGACAUGAAUGCCUGGAGUAUUCAAGAAACCUUCAACAGUUCAAAAGAUUAAUUCAUGACUUCUAUAAAAUAUCAAAUACUUUUGCUAAAGACGUCGAAGUGGAAAAGCUCCGUGCAAUUGGGACACAAAACCAACUUAAAUCAAUGUCGCAGCAGCGACAAGCUGAGCAGCAAGUCUGUCAGAGCAAGAUUUUGGAACAGACAGUCAAACUAGAGCGUUUGAAAAGCGAGUACCAGUACUUGCAACGUACAGAAACGGAGCAGCAGGAAAUCAUAAAUAAUUUUUUAUUGAAUCAAUAA